AUGAACAGCUUCCUGGCUACUCUCACCAUCUUCCUGGUUGGUGCUAUGUUCUUAUCCCAAACUCAGGCUCAAUAUGAAUCCAUUCUUUUAGUCUGUUGUUUUGACUACGUAAAGCGGCCUCUUCCAGAGACAAUCCUGAAGUCCUUUGAACAAACAGAAGGAAGGUGUUCCAUGCCAGCUGUCGUAUUUAUCACAAAGAAGGAUCGUCGGAUAUGUGCAGAUCCCAGUGAACAAUGGGUCCAGGAUCGUAUGCAAUAUUUGUCCCAAAACUGA